UUGCUGGAUAAUGGUUCUUUAAUGUGUUUCUCCAUCUUCUUCCCCCAGACUCAUGCCCCUCAUCUAGGAUAAAGAUGCUUUUCCUGGUGUUACUGCCAGCAGCACUACUUGUUUUGGUCAUACUAAUCUGCGUGCUUUAUAGAGUAAAGAGGGUAAGGACUGGGCUUUUCCCAGGAAUACCAGAUCCAAAACGUUUAUUCGUAGACCUAUUUGAUGAUCACGAUGGAAACUUCCAGGAAUGGAUUGGUGUUUCUAAGGAUCUACAUACAGACUGUCAAUCAAAUUGUACUCCGAUUGAAUGCCUAAUUGAAGAGGAUUCAGUGAGAGUGAACACAGAGUGCAAGGAUUCCCUGGAGGACAUAACUGAAAAAAAUGAGCCAGUCCCAGAGACUAUUAAUGAAUGUAUUGAAAACUCAGAAGAGAAUCUACCAACCUCCCAAUUACUGGGUCCGAAGCCUGCUGCUAUUGACAUGUCCAAGUUUGUUGUGGAUGGAAGCAUAUAUAUUAAGCUAUGAAAUGCAAGCUAAGGAAUAUGCCUUUUAACAUAAGAUACAUGAUAGAUAUCAAUAAGGAAGAAAUUGAAACUCUAAA